AUGACCAUGGCAAAUAGCACAACACAAUGUUUUAUAUAUGAAAAAGAAAAAAUCAUCGAUGAAUGCACAGAAUCUUCCAAAGAAUAUCGUCAAAAACUUAUCGAACAAAUGGAUGAAAUUGAAAAUGAUCAAAAUUUAUUUCUAAAAGAAUUUAUUCAACAUAAACAAAAUCUACACGAACAUGCAUUAAUCAAACAAAUUGAUCAAUGGGAAAAUGAUUCAGUUAUUAGAAUAAAACAAACUGCUGAAAAAUGUCGACAAAAUUUUAUAAAAUCCAUAAAGAAAUCUUUUAAACAAAUAGAUUAUAAAUUAUUUCAUUUAACUGAACAAUUAAAACAUAUUCGCAAUAAAACAAAAUUCAAUGAGAACUAUUUGAAUGAACUCAAACAAAAAUUAAUUCAAUUAACUGAAGAACUUCAUGAAGCAAGAAAUAUUUUCAUUGAAGAAAAUGCAACAUUAUUUAUCAACAAAAUUAAUCUCAUUGAUCGUUCUAAUAUGAAACGGAAAGAAUUUGGAACUGAUAUUGCUGAAGGAAAUGAAUUACGUUCACUAAAGAGUCCUUCAAGUAUAUUCAUUGAUAAUGAUGAUGAUAAAACAAUUUAUAUUGUUGAUUCUGAAAAUGAUCGUAUUAUUAAAUGGAAAUUAAAUGAAAAUGAUAAUAAAACUCUUGCUGGUGGAAAUGGAAAAGGAAAACAAAUGAAUCAAUUGAUUUAUCCAAAAGAUGUGAUUAUUGACAGAGAAAAUGAUUCUUUUAUUAUUAGUGAUUAUGGAAAUAAACGAAUAAUGAAAUGGCCUCGUCAAAAUAGUGGAAAUGGACAAAUCAUUAUUUCUAAUAUAAAUUGUUACGGUUUAGCAAUUGAUAAAUAUGGAUUUAUCUAUGUUUCUGAUUGUGAGAAACAUGAAAUAAGAAAAUGGAAAAUAGGAGAUCAAAAUGGAAAAUUAGUUGCAGGUGGAAAUGGGAAAGGAGAAAAUUUAAAUCAACUUAAUCAUCCUAGUUUUAUCUUUGUUGAUAACGAUUGUUCAUUGUAUAUAUCAGAUUGUGCAAAUCAUCGUGUAAUGAAAUGGUUAAAAUAUGCAAAACAAGGAAUUAUUGUUGCUGGAGGAAACAGAGAAGGAAAUAGUUUUAAACAAUUAUCUGAUCCUCAAGGAAUUAUUGUUGAUCAGUUUAAUCAAAUUUAUGUGGCAGAUCGGGGAAAUAAUCGGGUAAUGUGUUGGCUCGAAGGAGCAAAAAAAGGAAGUAUCGUUGUGGGUGGAAAUGGAUAUGGAAACGAAUCGAAUCAGUUGUUUUAUCCAAUGGGUUUAUCAUUUGACCAACAAAGAAAUCUUUAUGUUGCUGAUUCAGUAAAUAAUCGAAUUCAAAAAUUUGAAAUUGGUUUCAAUUAA